ACCUGAAGUUUGGGAUUUGCAAUGUCUGUUAUUACACUAGAUCUCACUGUUUUAUUUGUUUUGUUGCCAGUGUUCAGUUGCACAAGGGGCUAGUCAAUUACACAGGUUAGCAUCUUGCACAAUAUUUGAAAAUCCAGCGGUUGAGCUCCUGUAUAAGACGAGUGGACAGUGACAUUCGUGCUUUCACACAAAUCUCGUUCACCAUGCAUGUCCUGUAUAUCGCUGCUGUCCUCAGCCUGCUCUCUCUGAGUGCAGCAGUUCCCGUACCAUGUGAAGAGAAGAUCCGGCCCCUGCUCCUUCAGGAUUUCAGUCAGAUAUCAGGAAAAUGGAUUGUCAUUGAAGUAGCAGCGAAUCAGGAAUAUAAUGGAAUUCAUAAAGCAGCAAAGAGCUCUUGGAUAGAGAUUUUACCUAUUAACAAGGACAUUGCCAUCUUCAAUACGGCAAACAUGAUCAAUGGAGAAUGUGCUUAUUUCACGAUGAAUAUGACCAUUUCAGACAACAACAUCAGAUUUAUCAUAACUCACAAUAACACUGUCACCUUGCUGCCAACAUGCGCGGGCUGUUUGGUCAUGAAUGGGAUCACAUACCUUGAAGGUCCAAUUAUCAAAACAAUGCACAUAUUGGGAAGACCAGGGAAAAAACUGAAUGAUUCUGAACUGGAAACAUUCAGGAACCAACUGGAAUGCGUUGGACUUCCACCACCAAUUUUCCAUCAUGAUGAGCAGCAGGAGCUUUGUCUGGAAAAGAAGUCUGAAGAAUCUGAAAGCAAACCUGAUGAAGAUAAGAGUGAUGGUCCAGAGAGAGCAGCUAGCUGCCAUCUUCCAGUUGUUAAUGGACAAUAAGGACACAUUUGGUGAAGUGACGGAGGGAGAUGUGGACGAACAGCUGAAACUCUACUCCAUCUAAAUUACGCCCUCACUGUCAUCAUAGCAGGUUUUCAUCUGUGCACUGUGGAAUAGAAUAACUCGGGUAGCAUUGACCCCUCCUAUUACUUCAGUUAGUGAAUUCGCAGGUGAAAAGCUAUAUCAGAGGCUCCGUUUAACUUUUCUUUUGUAAUUAACUUUUAGCAAUGUUCUUGUUUAUAACAGACAGGAUUAUGGAAAAGUAUAAUAGAUCGGAUUUUAUGUGGUUGCUUCAUUUCCAUUUUUAGCACAGGUGUGAAGUCUACAGUGAAGAGCUCUUGAAUGCAGGCACAAGGUUUCUGCUUUACCUAUUCAUUUGACUGCAGCACAGGAAACAGCUUAAUUUGUAUCUCGUAGUGGAUCGGCCAAUACCAGACACAACUUUAUUGAACUUCCUUGGUUUAUUACAAUUGCACCUGUGUUUUCCAUUAUGUCAUAGUUUGUUUCAUUUAUUUUUCAGUGUUCAUUAAAAUUAAAGCAAAAUAGUAAACCUCUAUUUUCAGGGAAAGUUCUUUCUUUUUUCCUGAAUGCAUGUGUGCGAGAUCUAACAUUCUGAUGUCAUUUAAAUAAACAACUCAUGUGGUCUUUUAUCGUUAAACAAACAUUGUACUGACCUAAUGUACAAUGAACUUCAUAGGUAAACACAUACUCUG